AUGAAUCAGGGCCAUAAUUAUGCGCCUGAACGCCGUUCUGACUCCCGAUUACCGUUCGUACCCACUCCAUACACACCAGAAGAACAAAAACGAAUUCUGGAAAAGCUAGAAAGAAUCUUAGGACCAGAAUACGUAAGUUUCCGUCCUGGUGGAAAUGGCCAGAAGGUGUCGUAUAUUGAAGGAUGGAAAGCACUUAACCUCGCAAAUGAGAUAUUUGGGUUUAACGGCUGGUGCACCGAGCUUGUUGGAUACCAAGUAGAUUAUCUCGAUACAAGCCCAAACGGAAGGAUCUCACUUGGAAUUUCUGUGGUGGUAAGAUUGACACUCAAAGACGGCACAUUUCACGAGGAUUUUGGUUACGGUUUCAUUGAUAAUGCAAAGAGUAAAUCGAUGGCAUUUGAAAAGUGCAAGAAGGAAGCAUUUACAGACGCGAUCAAGAGAUGUCUACGUUGCUUUGGUAAUGUCCUCGGUAAUUGCUUAUAUGACCGCACCAUUCUUCCGAAAAUUCAAAAGAUGCAUCUUCCCCCAAUAGACCCCACUCCCAGCCAAUUUCACCGCGAGCCUGAACUUGUAAAGCGAGAGAAAAAAAAGGAAGAUGCAGCUCGUAACAACCUGCGUCCCAAUGUGGCUCCACAGACUACUAACAGGGCAGAACCAGCACCAGAGCCCACGGCUGAGCUCAAGCAUGAAGUUGACGAUUUCGACGAUUCGUUCAUGUUUUCUGAUGACGUGGACCAUAAUGGAAUAGACGAAUACGAACUUCAGAUGCUUGAGGCACGAGAUCAGGUAAAAGAGAGCACCGAUACCAGCGCAAACGAUAACGAAAAACCACAAGAAAUCAAUGAACACCAUACCACUACAGAACCCACAGAACCCGCAGCCCAAGUGGCCCAGGAUAUACCUCCAUCUGUAUUCGUGAGUGCGAGAAAAGUUGACGAUAUACGGCAAUCAAAGAGCGAAGUCACCCUGUACGACACCAAAUAUGUUUCCCCCAGUAUACGUCGAACAGUUGAUCCUAACAAGUCUGUGCCUAUAAAGAGGACCACAGGCUCAGCGGCACCAGCACCACCAGCACCUAAAUCUCCAGCAGCGACCUCUGCGGCCAUGCAACCAGUAGAGCCUAAUAGUGGGUACGCCGAUCCUCCCAUUGGAAAACGACAACUUGGUCGACCUCCGUCCCAGCGCAUACUGAAGAGACUCAAAUCCAGUGGCGAGUCCAGCGAUCAAGAAAACAAGGUCCCCACCGAAUUUCCAUCGUCGUUUAGUAACUGA